UAUGACUUUAAGUUAUUAAAUGUAUGUUAUAUGUGUGUUAUUACUUUCAAUGUAAAUCAAAUAUUUAAAUUAGUACAUGAAACUUCUAGAAUUUUCUUAAUUAUGUGUCUUAUGAACGCAUAUUUCUUUUUGCUUCAGGCGUAUAUGUCGUUUAUUUUGAAAAUAAAAGGAACAAAUGGCGUCAGAAGUUGUUCAUAAAGUUUUUCACUGUCGUUUUUCACGGUCCAACACCAUAGGUUCGUUACAGAGACGGGAUCCGGACUUUCAUGCAAGCUGCUCUCAACAAACGAAGGUUCCACAUUUUAUGGGUCUUUUAUCAACAUUCUUUUCUUUAUUUUUUUAUAUUUUUUAAUUAAAGCAAAAAUACUUUGAUUUGACAAGCCGAAAUAAAAAAUAAUAAUGAAAGAUUACAACAAACACGUUGACUGCAAACCAAAACUGAAACUUGCUACUCUUUUUUGAAAACGUACAGGUAGGCUUUAUAAACAGCUUCACAUUUUUCAGGUUUUAUAACCAACUGGAAGUUCUAAAUAAGAAAAUAAAGGAUUUUAAAAAAUAUAUUAUAUUAAAUAAAAUUUGAAUUAUUAUACUAUUUGGCUUCUUUAAGGACAAAAAUAGUUUGAUUUAAUUUAUAAACUCAACAUGUCAUUCAUUUUCACAUUUAACCUCUUUUCUUAUGUAUAUAUAAACCAGCAGAUCAUCAUCGUAGAGGUUCUCCCUUAUGUUUAAAGCCUUUUCAUUUUCAGUCAGACUCUAAAUGUGUCUGUAUGAGGAAGAAGCAGAGAGUCUAAAGAGUCAACCAAAGAGAGGAAGAACAUAUGACCACAUCCUGACAACACAAAAACACACAAACACACAAGCUCUCACACAGUCAUCCUCUUUAGAUCGGAGACAUUUCAGAGCCCCAUGAGAACGCCGCUCGCUCCACACACAUGAAGUCAUGCCAGUACACCCACUCGGAGCCAAAAGGUGUGCGCGUGCACGACAACAUGUCUGACUCGUGGGGUUUUUCGUCGUCUCCUUCUCCCCCCGUAACCCCCCACUCCAGCCUGUCGCACUCACUGCCCCCCCUCUCUUCUUUCUCAUCCUUCAAGGACCAUGGAAACCCAUCACCCAACAAGGUGUUAUCCCCUCACCCGUAUCUGCUCUCCCCUAAUCUUUUACCCCAGAGUCAGGUGUCCUCAUUCCAAUUCCCCCAACCUCAGGUGACGUCCCCUCAUCCUCAGACGCAGCUCUUCUAUCAGGGCCCAGCAACAUCCCCUUCACCCCACCUAGCCUCCCCCCAGGCCAACCCCCUUCUCCUGGCCCAUUCCCACUGCCCCUCACCACAGUUCCGACCUCCGACUCAGCACCACACUUUCCACCAGAACCCCAAUCUGGACCUAGAGUACUCCGACUGGAACAAAUGUGAGUCGUCCUCCGAGCUGCCUUGCUUCCACAACGACUUUACCUUCCAGUACCCCACAGCAGCCGAACUGGAUCUGCACCUACAGAACCAGAACCUGCUCAGCAAUGGCGGGACUCCCCACAGAGAUGAGAUGGAGACCGCGAACAACUCCUACGACGCUCACCCACUUCUCAUCAGUGACUCACUUGGGGUUAGCCACGGCGCAGGGCCCCUGGCGCCAGCCCUGUCUCAGCUGCAGUGCUCGCCGCUUAAUUCUGCAGGCGGCGCCAUGGGCAGAUGGAGCUCCUCGUCUGCAGAGGACUUCCCAACCAACCAGUUCUUCUAUGACAGUUACAACGACAGUAAUGCCCCUCAACCUUUCUGCAGCCCCACCACCCCCGGACCGAGUCCACAUUACCCUCAAACUCCGGCCGUCUCCAGCCCGGGCCCUCACAUGCACCUGAGGACGGACCUGACCGGGUUUCACGCACAAACAACCCCACAGCUGGGCAGAGAUCAGACCAUGGGCUGUGGUCCCAACAAGCCUGACAGCUACUAUCUGAGCUCAGACACGAACCAGCAGCAGCACCAGAUGAGCCCACGCUUCUGUCAGAGCCAAGCUGACACGAUUGAGGACUUGAUUGGUUUCCUGAAAGGCGCCGUGAGCUCUGAGAACAGCUUCUCCUGCCUGGGGAGGGGGCUCCUCACCAGCAGCAGUGACUCCAGUCAGGGACUCUCUGCAGAUGUGACCUGCAGGGUGCAGGGUGGAGGGCGAGGAAGAGGUCGAGUGAAUCAGAUGCAACUUGAAAAAAGAAGUGAAGUUCCAGAUCCCAGGCUUUUGUGUGUGGUGUGCAAGCGUGAGUUCAGAAGCCUGGCGGCACUGAACGGGCACAUGCGCUCCCACAGCGGUUUCAAGUCACAAGCGUGGUUGAAAAAGGUUCAGAGCAAUGCCAAAGACUGCUCCCUUCAGAGCUCAGCCUCGAUGGUGAUGCCCGUUUCCGUUCCCGUCCGAACAAAAGAAAUGGCGGCGGCGGUCAAGAGCAGGCAGAGGAAAGGCCUCGACCCCCUGCCGGCCCUCAGAGGAACGCUGCUCUAUCGCAGCUUGAUGGAGGAGGAGGAGAACGAAGAGGAGGGAGGUCACUACAGACCUCCCCCAAUGCUGUGUCCACUGAGGUCUGGGCCGGGGUUGUACUGCGGUCUCACCCCUGUUAGCUUGAGACCAGAGACGGUUCAGUUACACAGGGAUUUGGAUGAUCUUGCUGCCACAACAACCGCCUGUCCUCAACCUGAAACACUAACAUCAACGAAACUUAAACCGCGGAUUAAUUUGGGUCGGAGCUUCCAGGCGGAUAUCCCGCCGCUGCGGGACGCAACAUACGUUCACUCAGACUCCCACAAUGCACUUCUAGCCUGGAGGCCUUUAGACAAGCUGGAGGACCCUGUCAGUCAACAGAGAGUUCAGGCGCUGCUGAUGAUGGCUCAGUCCAGUCUGGUCCCAGGAAACGGAACCAGUCCAGAACACGCCCUCCACAUCCUGUCAGAGUGCAAAGGAGAUUUUCUGCUGACAGUGGAGAAGCUGCUGACUACACCACGGAACAGCCAAAACGGCGUCAGCUGGAGUGCAGCUGAGAAGAAGCUGCUGACCAAGUCCCUGCAGCUCCAUCGCAAAGACUUCCAGAGCGUCUGCAAAGCCGUCAAGACCAAGUCUGUGUCGGAGUGUGUCGAGUUUUAUUACAUGUGGAAAAAGAAGCUGAAUCUGAGCUUGAAAACUAAAACUGGCCUGACUGUCACCCUGCCAAACACAAAUAGCCAAAGACCAUCAAAGUCUGCAAAAACAACAUGAAGCUCUGGACAGACUACACACUACUUUAGAGCACGACACACCCACACGUACAUGCAUGACAUCCACCUAUCCUGAAUGUUUGAUGUAACAUAUGUAGAGUUUGUAUUUACAAGUGUAAAAUUAUGUGAAAUUUAUUUAGAAUAUGGAAAAAAAGGAUAUUUUAAAUGGAAAUAUGUUUGUUUUUAAAUAUGGGGACACAUGUCCAGACUUCCUGUCGCAGACGUUGGAGGUUACUUUUCCUCUUGAAUCCUUUGUUUUCAGCCUCAGGAGGUCGGAUGCUGGACAGAUCCUUGCUUAUUGCUUUCUAAAUGAAAAACACAAGUAAAUAUGAGACGCCUCAGGUUUUCUUUUUUGGAACCAGACUUACAUGAACUAAAGGACUAAAAAGAUCCAGAAAAAACAGUAGAAUUUCAUAUUUUGAGUGGAUGUUAACAGGUUCAUGUUUGGUUUUAUAGCAUCUCUUUCGCUGUUUUUGGACCACAACGUUAGCAAAAACGCACAAAUUUAACAUUAUACUUUAAUAAGUCAGGAUAUGAUACAAAACUUUUUUAAAAAAAGUACUUUUUAAGACUUUUUCGGACUUUUAAAGCAUUUUUAAGUAUUAAUCAAGAUCAUUUUUAUGUAUAUUUUAUGUAUAUUUGUAAAACACUCUAUGUACAUGUGAGUGGUAAGAAGGAUGCUUUUCAUUCAUGUUUUUUCCCCAAAAAAACAUUAAAAUGAUAUUUUAAAGAGGUGGAAAUGAAAAUAUUUUACAAAUGUCAAACUAUUUUUUUUAAACUGGUGGUGACCUUGUAUUUAUGACAGUAUUUGAUGUAUUUGUGACAAAAU